GGUGGGGUCUCAUGCCAUACGGAGUGGGGUACGAUAGGGAUCGCUGUUGGGCGUUUGUGCGAGGAUCGGAACUAGCCGACAAUUAGCUAAGUUAUAAAAACACUAGCCAUCCGAUGCUUCCGAAGCAAUCGCGUCUAGUCCGGUGAGCACGCGCGAUCAAGAGACUCUCGGGUGUUGCAAUUUUUCACCCGCUAAAGAGCAGUUGAGCUUUGGUGAAUUAGUGGUCGACACGGUGAUCGUGUUUGUUUGUGUGGUAGUUGGUGGUUAUAGCAAUAAGUGUUUCCCAAAAUGAUGGUACCCAUCCGGUGGCAGAGCAGCUCCCGGAGGACUUGCAGCAUUCAUGUUGUGUUGCUGUUGGUUCUUCUGCUGACAGGAGUGCUAGCUAGUGGGAGUCGUGUGAGAUCCAAAAAGCAUAGAUCAUCACGCGGUACAACCGCAGUAGGACGCUGGCAAUCAAGAACGUCUACCGACGGAACAUCCAACGCAAUCCACGAGCUCGGCUCGGCAAAGCCUGCACCCUUCUCGAAACCAGCCCAUACGAGCGGUGGCCCAAAGAAACGGUCCUACUAUAUCCCCACGGUGACCAACCUGGAGAACAACCUGCAGCACUUCAUCAACAACCUCAAAACGGGCAUCGGUGCAUCAAAGCUUGCCCAUGCAGUGAACGGUGUAACCGGAGCCAUCCAACAGGCCGUCUCGAUGCCCGGACACGGACCAAUCAACCUGCUCGGUAGUCACCGACCGGUGGCGGGCAUACACAACGCGGCCGGUUACUAUUCCAACGCCAACGAGCUACGGUACGGACAACCGUUCACCAAGCAAGCGGGCGGUCACUACAAAACGUCAGCUCCCGUCACCUAUGGCAAGAAAAGCGUGCAGGGGCCGAAACGUGGCCGACACCAGUCGGCAGCUGCGUCACCACCCGGGAAGUACGAUUCGUUAAUGUCCGAUUUGGGCAUCUCCGGUUACAAACACUUCGAGAACGCCGUCAUCCGGGAUUUGGAGCGUCGUGAAGAGCUUAAGGUGGAGGCCACCAUACAUUCGCUGUUCCCGGAUGCAAGCGAUGAUGAUUGGCGACCGAUUGCUUCCAUCAAGAAGACGCCACUCACGAGCGGAGUCGUUCGUGGUACAGCGCCGGAACUUUCCGAGUCGAAGAUCGUUACCUCGUUGACGGCUGUGCCGGCCGAAAAGCGUCCUCAAGAGACGGCUGUACGAAGUGCGAAGCCGAAACCAACAGUUACCGGUGUAAGUUCCGGAGUUCGGUACGGUUUGACGAGUACUUCCGUUAGUCCCAAAUCGACGAUUGCUCCGAGUCCGAAGCAUCGUUCUAAGACAGCCUCACUUGGGAAGGAAAAACGGACGAAGGAUCGUGUUAAAUGUUGGAACUGUGUCCCGUCUACCUCUGGUACGGUGUCCGCUCGGCAGCCUUCGUCCGUAACGUAUUCCACCACACCGAAACAAACGUCAGCAGCUGGUGGUGCCCAGUCGCAACGCUUCGGUCCUACGUACGACGCGACAAUGUUCUACGGUAAUAAUGGUAAAGCACCGGCAGCGGUAGCACAGUCCUACAGCAAUGUGGAGAUCCAGUACAACAAUCGCACCAUCGCUCCGCCUACGUUCGCCGUUAGUCCCUGGACACAGGUGGCAUCCGUUGGGCAGGAAGAGGUUAGCACCCAAUCUGCCCCACCCGUUACCACCUUCACCGCACUCUCGGAACCAUCGUCCAGCGUCAGUACCAGCAGCGGGCUGGCAAACUUCUACAGUACUGGCGUAAAGAAGAGCUACACCAAAACGCCCAAACCGUACGUGCCGGGAACGGCGUACGUGGGACAGGGUGAUGCCACGGUUACUUCGACCACCACUCACAAACCGACUGGCGGCUCGCAAGGGACGAAAGGUACGACCAAGAAACGAACAAACCAUCACCACCACCACCACCAUAACCACCACAACCGGUCAGAAACGGGCCCGUCCGUGACAAGCCUCCGCCGGGCGGUUGAGAAAACCGGUGACAGUGUCGUGGCCGGUUCGAGCAAAACCGAGCUGCGGGUGAAGAAAAAGUUCGACCCGAAGUACAGCCGCAAUCGGGGCACGAUCAAGUUUAAGGAUGCGCUCGAGAAAAACCCGGACCACAUUUACCGGUAGGGCGCUGGUCGUGGCAAGUUGGAAGGGAGAAGGUGAUAGACCGUAACAGUAAUUUGUUUGCCCGUAGCACUUAGCAAUACGCAGAGAUUCGGUGAAGAUAUGUAUGGCGAUAUUAGUCGCCCGCUAGCAGAGCUAAAACCGGAGCCGGAGCCCCGUGCAUGCAUGGUGGCGAUGGCUUUCAGACGUUAUUUAAUUUGUGUGCACCGCUUGUGUGCACGGCGAAUCGCUUAUUUAUACACAGUAAAUUAUGUAAGGCUGUAAACCAAAGUGCGAUCGCAGAGAUUCGUUUUUGUGCGAUCGAGAUUUCCAACUCCGGGCUGCUAUAAGUAGCCGACUGUUCUACUAGAGACUCUUUGUCGUUUCUUGCUCAGGAAUGCUACAAUUAUAAUUGUGCAUCUGCAUCUCUUCUCACCUCGUCUAUUAUACUAACUUUAGGUGCUUAAACAAUAAAUAAAAUGGUUAUUUUUAU